GUCAGCACAUGAGCGCGAGGGGGAUGGAGCUCCUGUGAAUUUGUCUCUUGAGAUCUCUGCCGUAUUCUCGUGCUCGCGCUGUCCGACCGCCCAUCUGGCCAGCCAGUCACCCAGCGCCCCGCUGAGACUAAUGGAGUUUCUGACUGGUGCGCCUCUUUGGGUCCCCACCCCAUUCAUCCCUGCCGUUGCCCUCCCAUUUCCUCCACAACAUAAUUUCUUCCGUUCUUUCUUGACAAAUGGUCGAGAAGUCCGCAAGCUGUGAGCGACCAAACUCGUAUUCUGGUCAUUCUCUCUACGCUGCUCUCAGCGCGGCCAUCGACAAUCUAUCCAAGCCGUAAUGUCGUCCGGCACCGCAAGAUAAUCCAAACUUGAAAAUUCUGCAUUCUUCAGUCGCUCAUCGGCGUCGAAAAACUCCGGGCGAAGCAAGAAUGUGGCUGCUGUGCGCGGCCGCACUGGUCCUCGUUCAGUGCGUGAAAGCUGUGUGCGUGGUGGAAUUCAUCGUGCAUUUCCUGUGGGCAUAUCACAUGCUUUCCAUCUGCUGCAAUGUCUGGGUGCGCUGAGGAUCGUCGGGUCGUUCGAGGAUCGUCGGUCCCGGCGCAGGCCUCCCGGAGGCCCUGUCGUGUCCCGCGGAGGAUGAGGUGAGUCGAGGAGCGCAGAGGAGAGGAGAGGAGAGGAGAGGAUCGGAGAGGGGCGGGAGCGGGCACAGGAAGACGAGACGGAGGGGGACGGAGCGGCGCCGGCGCUGGCCGCCGAGGACGAGGAGGAGGAGGCCGGGGCCGGGGGCAGAAUGGCCCGGGUGGUGACCAGGGCCAUGACGCGGGCGCGCGAGAUGCAGAGAGUGGAGAAUUGCGAGGACGCGGGGCCGCCGGCCACGAUGCACGGGUCGGCGAGCAUGGACCCGGCGCUGUGGAGCAACGUGCCGGAGCACUUGAUGGAGCGGAUCCUGGCGAAUUUGGCCAUCCCGGCGCUGUUCCGCCUGCGAGCCGUGUGCAAGGCGUGGUACUCGCUGGUCUUCUCGCCCACCUUCUUGGAUCUGUACGCGCGGGGGCCCGGGCACGGGCAGGGCCCGUGGUUCCUGCUGUUCCGCAACCAGGACUACCGCGAGGCCUCGACCUACAACCCGAGCGUCAAUCGCUGGAUCGCCGUCACGCCCCCGCCGCUGCCCGGCGACCAGAUGUUCCUGCCCAUCGCGUCGGCGGGCGGCCUGCUCUGCUUCAGCUCCUGCACCAACGGGCGAACCACGCUCGUGGUGGCCAACCCCGUGACCCGGCGCUGGCGCGAGCUGCCGCCCAUGCUGCGCAUCCAGACCUACCACAUGGCCGGCAUGGUGGUCGACCGCCGCACCAAGGCCUACAAGAUCGUCGUGGUGGGCAUCUACGGCAUCUACGACGUGUACUACCCGACCACGGAGGUGUUCCACUCCGAGACCAACGCCUGGACCAUCACCGGCGACAUCCCGCGCGGCCCGCUGUUCCCGUCGCGGCGCACGCUGCUCUGCGACGGCAUCCUGUACUCGUGGUGCUGCGACCCGCCCGACGGCCUGGUGGCCUACGACAUGGCCGAGGGCACCUGGAGCCAGAUCUACGCGCCCAUGCGCCACUCGCUGGACAGUCACAUGCUGAUCGAGUCGCAGGGCCGCAUCUACACGGUGGGCGGCCUGCGCGAGCACAACGUCACCAAGAGCAUCUGCAUCUGGGAGCUGCAGCGCUCUGAGCUCGAGUGGAAGGAGGUGGACCGCAUGCCCGAGAUGCUGUGCGACGAGUUCCUCUUCGGCGGCAAGCGCUUCAUCUGCAUCGGCCUGGACGGGCUGGUCCUGCUCAUCGUCCGCGGGCGCGACCGGCUGGUCCUGUCCUACGACUUCUGCAAGCGAGUCUGGCGCCGCCUGCCCGGCUGCCCCCUGGCCGACCACCGCCUGCGCUACGGCCUCAUCGACGGCAUCGCCUUCGAGCCCCGGCUCGACGCCACCGUCUAGCGUCGCAGCUCCGGACGUCACGUCGCGACUGCCAGCCCGGCGCGGCGCUGUUCGACCGCCCCCGCGCCUCAAGGGGCUCAAGCCCCUCGAGCGUGCACUCUAAUUCUCGACGACCGAGGCUCUGGGACGCUCUCGAUGUACGAUAAGGCCCAGAUGUUUGCGCUUGCCCGGAGGUAGAUAGGUGAGGAGAUCCUGUAAGUUGCCAGUUCGAUGCCAAUCUGAUGCUCGAUGCUUUCUUCCCAUGCGUUCCCUGUGCACCAAGAGGUUGCGUUCCACGUUAUUUUUGAGUUCUCGUCUUUGUCGAUCCCUCGGUCGAUUGUUAAGCAUAUGUCUUCAUCUUUAGGCACUAUUAUGGUCCAGUGAACCUGCUCUUCAGUCCGACGAACGAUCCCAGUGCUGUACACUUGAUAUGAUCUUCGACACAGUUCUAUUCUGUUAAUAAUCGAUCUGUGACAAAAGGUCAACAGAGAGUUCGUGCUCACCCUCCCUGGCGCACAAAGAAACCAGCCUCAUCAUUUCAAGUGCACUGCUGCUCCGCUCGUUUAUAUUCGAGAGGCAUGAGAUGUGGAGACGGGCUGCAUUUGAGAAGAAUAGCGUCAUGGAGUCCCUGCCCAAUUACGAGAUGACACAAUCGAUCAUUGACAAUGACGAAAGAUUGAAGUGACAGCCCAUUCGAAGCUGCGAUGCUGCAUGGUCUUGGAGCAAGUAUUGAAUUUCCCUGCUCAAGCGAGUCAUCAUCUUCCGUGCAGUUAAAGGUGAAACAAUCGGAGUCCCCGGCUGUCCUUCUUCCUCUUACCACUUCAAGUGACGAUCUGACAAGGAUAAGUUUUAGCAGAUGUCAUAUCUUCUAUUACAUCAAACUCAGCAUCGUGACAGUGGGUGUUAAUUGUAAAGGUUACAUAGGGCCCUACACUUCGGUGCUGCAAGUGCAGCAAGGGUGAGUACGAAUGCGUUGUCUGCUGCAAAAAGAGUUUCCUAUGGAGAGAAGCCUCAAAAACAUAUCUCUUAACUUUCGCCUCUUCUCCUUCAGCUCCAUAUGAUUUGUCCUUCCUCUUAAGGCAGGCAAUUCAUCUUGGAAUUGAUCAAAUUUGCGUUGCAAGAUCAACGAAAGUGCCAUGGCUUUGGAAUUGUAGAUUGCAAAGCAAAAAUCUGUCCCCAGUCUUAAAGAAGCGUUUGCAGACGGCAGAAAACCGAUCUUUCGAUGAAUUACAAUUUCCACCUACCGAAGCUGCACAUUGGCACCACAGAGUUGCAAGUAGGACGGAAUAAGAUCCUCUAUGAGUUUUCGGUCAAGUCCAAGUCCGUUCUUACUGUUUCAAAAAAAUUGUCUCAAACAAAUUCCGUGC